AUGCAUUCCCACUCGGGGCAGUUCUGCCCCGGCCAUGCGGUGGAUCAGCUGGAAGACAUUGUGAAGCAGGCCAUCAGCAAGGGCUUCACCACCAUGGGCCUAACCGAGCACAUGCCGCGAUACAGUCGCGAAGAUCUCUACCCAGAAGAAUGGGACAACCCCGAGGAAAGCCUGGCGGCCCUCGUGCCUCGCCAUGAGGCCUACCUGGUCGAGGCCCAGCGUCUCCAGAAGGCCUACGCUUCACAGAUCCACAUCCUGAUCGGUUUCGAGGGCGAGUGGAUCAGAUCCGAGUACGGCGACCUGAUCACCUCGCUCGCGUCACACCCGUGCAUUGACUACUUCAUGGGCUCCAUCCACCAUGUCAACGGCCACCCCAUCGACUUCGACGGCGUCUUCUACCGCCGGGCUAUCGAGUCCGCCGGCGGUAGCGAGGAGAAGCUGUACGAGCGCUACUACGACCAGCAGUUCGAGCUGCUGCAGGCUCUGAAGCCCAGGGUCGUGGGCCACUUUGACCUCUGCCGCCUGCUGAGCGAGAAGCCCGACAGGGACGUCCGGGAGUGGAAGGGCGUCUGGGAGCGGAUUGUAAGGAACCUCAAGUUCACAGCUGGCUAUGGUGGCUGGCUCGAGUGCAACACCAGUGGUCUUAGAAAGAUGCUGGCUGAACCGUAUCCCUGCAGGAUCAUUGCCGAGGAAUGGUUGAAAAUGGGUGGCAAGUUCACAUUCUCUGAUGACAGCCACGGUAUCGGACACUUGGGCACCAACUACCUGCGCGGUCUUGAGUAUCUCGAGAGCUUAGGAUUGACUGACGUCUGGGUCCUCCAGCGAAACCCUGCGCAAGACACCGAUGGCACCACCAAGGCUGCGCUUAGCGACAAGAAGGUGGCCAUUUCAGAUAUCAAGGAGGUUGUCGCCAAAUGGUGA